AACUAUUCUGAGCGUUGUGGAAGAAAAACAACUCCACCUCCGCCUUUCAAUGAGGCAGUCUGCUACUGUGUUUUUAAGUGUUUCGAAAUUUGUGUUGUGCCUUUCACUAUGAGAAACUAUCUGAAAUACAAAGCCUGUUUUAACGUGAUUUUGACAUUGUUUUGAAACAUGUGAUGUGGCAUUCAUUAUGAGAAACUGUCUGCAAAUAAAAAUACCAGUAGCUAGCAGAAUGCCAUGGCCAAGCUUCCUCUAUCUCUCGCAAACGGAGGUCGGAGUAUCGUCUUUGACGAUGCACAUCACAGAAGAGGUUACCCCGACCUCCUCUCCUUGACCUCACUACAGGAAGGUCAGAACAGCAAUGUCGCCGAGAGCAAAAACGACAAAAUCCAGACGGACCAAUCAGCUCUCAACUCGGAUAAAGUUGUCUUUCAUAUCGUCGAAUCAGAACAAAGUGCCCCAAACAUUGUAGAAGAAUCCUCUCGUGGAGAUGGGAUAUCCAGUAGAGGCAGUGAUAGCUCAAAUAUUCGACACGACCUUUUGGGUGGACGGCCGGAGCAUUUCAUCAACAGAAGUAGCAACGAAAGUACGGGUUCUUCGCUCAACAAUGUGACGUUUGGCACGAGCAUCUCGCCACCUUUGACCCCGAUCUUAGAUCCCACAGCACACACAGCCCGCCUGAGCAGUAUCUCUAGCAGAGUACCGCUGUACACCAGCCUCAGCCCAGGCCCACGGCGUGGGCACGUUCUUGGAGCCAGAGAUUUAGGCAGCAGUAGGGAGAAUUCUGGCGUGGUCAGCAAUAAGAAUCUGUCUCUACGGAGAGUCAAGGACUCCUUCCUAGACCUAGACUUGGAGAAGCUUUACAAGCGCUAUGCCGUCCGCACCAAGUGCCCAAUGGUGGCUGCAUACCUGGGCAUUCUGAUGGUCUCAAUGAUAGUCUUUCUGGUGCUAAGCUUUAUGCUACGGACUCUGGAGGCCACGGUCGAAUGUAUUGGUCAAACUGUCACCCUCAUCAUCAGUUUCAUCUACUUCACGGCUGUCUUUGUUAUCGUUAUUUUUGACGGUCGGAGAACGAUAAUACUCCGACCCACCUUCACGAGUCUGGUCAUCGUCAUUGGCACCAUCGUCUUGGCCAAUCUCUACUUCGGCUUCAGCAACUCUCGGACCCCAACCUCCGAUAUCCCUGUUCUCUUCUACACUGUCGUGGUGUCCUAUAUGGUUCUUCCCUUGUCUCGUAAAUGGACACUGGUGAGCGGCUCGGUGGUUAUUGUCUUUCACCUGCUCACUGCGGGAUUGUGUUCAACAACUCACAGUGAUUUGGGCCUGCAGCUGUUUUGCAACUUCCUGGUUCUGUCCAGCGCGAACAUAAUUGGACUCACGCACAAAUUCCUUUCUGACGUCGCGCAUCGACGAGCGUUCCUGGACGCGAGAAACUCUGUGGAUUCCAUGAUCAAGCUUGAGAAAGAAAAACAGCAACAGGAUGAACUGCUCGUCAGUUGUAUUCCCAGCAAUCUCGUCAAAGAGAUCAAGAAAGAUUUACAAGAGAACAUGCGAGAACCUCGGCCCACGCUCUUUCAUGACUUGUAUGUACAGCGCUACCACGGUGUCAGUAUACUGUACGCCGACAUCGUCAACUUCACGCCGCUAGCUUCCGAGUGUACGGCUGCUGAACUUGUAAAAAUGCUCAACGAACUCUUUGGACGCUUUGACCAGCUGGCUAAGAAGAGCAGCUGCAUGCGCAUCAAGAUUCUCGGAGACUGCUACUACUGUGUGUCUGGCAUCCCGACAGCUGAUAAGAAACACGCCCACAACUGCGUACGCAUGGGAUUGCGCAUGCUGGACGCCAUCCGCGAUGUCCGUGAAAACACCGGCGUCGACGUGGACAUGCGCAUAGGAGUACAUACGGGUUCAGUUCUGUGCGGUGUUCUGGGUCUUCGGAAGUGGCAGUAUGACGUGUGGUCCGAUGACGUCACUAUAGCUAACAACAUGGAGUCUGGUGGCGUGCCUGGACGAGUCCACAUCUCCAAGCAGACAUUGGACUGCCUGGACGGCGAGUAUGACGUGGAGCCUGGACUAGGCGGGGAGCGGAGUACCUUCCUGGCAGACACUGGAGUGGACACUUAUCUGGUGGUGCCGGUGGAAAGGCGGCAGACCCGUGACCGGAAACUUGGCAAGACGCGGUACCAUGACCAUGGCAUGAGGAAGUCUGCGAGACUGACCAAGUUCUUGGAGACCUGGGGAGUGGACAAACCCUUCUCCAACCUCAAGACGAGUUCCAUGGUAUCCAAGGCCCUGAGUCUUACGAGCUUGGCUUUGAUCGACUCGAACUUCAUGAUGAACUCCUCGGGCAUCGACCAGGGACUCAUGGCAGCUGACAAACAGCAACAAGAGGAGAUAAACAUGAGGCUGCAGGAUCGCCUCAACCACAUUAGCAACUACAGUUUCCUGUGCAAAGAUAAGUCCGAAAUGCACACAGUUUUUCUUCGGUUCCUCGAUCCGUCAGCGGAGCACAGCUAUACCAAGCAGUCUGACGAUAUGUUCCCAUUCUACGUCAUGAUCACCUUCGUCAUUUUCGUAGUUAUCUUCAUCACUCAGGCGAUUAUGUUGCCAAGGAGCACGAUGUACUUUGUUACUUCAACAGUUGGGAUUCUUUUGUUUACUGCCGUGACAAUUAUUUGUUUUUGCAACCAGAUCCCCUUCUUGAAGAGGGGACACAAAUACUUGCGCAUUCUUCAACGCAUGUCCACAUACAUCGAGCAGAGCUACUGGACGAGGAUAGUCCUGUCUCUGGGCUGCAUGGGACUAAUCUCCUUAGUCUCUACACUAAGCCUGGUACACUGUGAAGGUCCGGGCAAUUCUACAAUGUCGUCUCACUUGGCGAAUAGUACAACAAUAACGCCUGGAACUUCCGCUUGCAGCUAUCCAUCGUAUUACCUCGUGUGCUUCCUUCUAGCCUUUACUGGCUACAGUAUCUUCGUGCAGAUCAGCUUCAUCAUCAAAUUCAUCUUCUACUGUCUCAUGUUCGUGGUUGUCAACAUUGUAGUGCAUGUGGGUAGAGGAGACAUGUUCGACCUCUAUGACCAGAACCUCAAGUCCUCCAACGACGGGCUCAACACAUUCAUGGUUCCCUUGAAGGCAAAGACGUCAGUCUAUGUAGCAAUGCUGCUGAUCACCAUGCAUUUCUUGGACAGACAAAUGGAGUAUGCCAACAGACUGGGCCACUUGUUCAAGAUGCAAUUUCAGAGAGAGACAGAGCAGGUAAAGAUGAUGGCUGCUAUCAACAAGAUUGUGCUGGAGAACAUCAUUCCUUCCCACGUGAUCGCCUACUAUCUGCGGUCGUCAAGAAAACACGAAGAUCUCUACCAUGAAGCAUACGAAAGUGUGAGCGUCAUGUUUGCGUCUAUUCCAAACUUCAAGGACUUCUACCAACAAACUAAAUCCAAUGGAGAGGGAAUGGAAUGUAUACGAGUCCUCAAUGAAAUCAUUUCGGACUUUGACUUGUUGGUGAUCAAAAAGUUCCAGGACGUGGAGAAGAUCAAAACAAUCGGCAGCACGUACAUGGCGGCCACUGGACUGCACCGAGGACAAGCCGGUAAUCAGGACGACGAGGCAGGGGAGAGAACGAUUGUGACUAUGGUUGAGUUCAGCCUGGCGAUGAUGUCAACCCUGGACACAGUCAACCAGCAUUCCUUCAACAACUUCAGCCUUAGAAUUGGUGUGAACCAUGGUCCUGUGAUAGCCGGUGUAAUCGGCGCUAGGAAGCCACAGUAUGACAUAUGGGGUGACACAGUCAAUGUUGCCAGCCGUAUGGACAGCAGUGGCGAACCGGGCAAAAUACAGAUGCGCGAGGAGACUGCAGCUGUGUUGGUCAAAUACGGCUACAACUUGGAGCUGAGAGGAAUAACCAAGGUGAAGGGCAAAGAGCCCAUGAAGACCUUCUAUUUACUGCACAAGAAGGAACAUAAUACCCGACUGUGAUUGGCUGCUAGGACAUUGGAAACACUCAUAUACCUUUUCAUUACAGCUGUUGCUGUUUGUACUUUUAUUGUUGUUGUUUUUAAUACAGAGCAGUACAUCGUAAAAAUAAAGGAUGUUUAGUUGUAAAUAGCAAACAAAUAAGUGAGGGCUCUCGUGGCCUAGAGGUUAAGGUGUUGGCCUCUCAUUCAAAGGUCCCGGGUUCGAAUCCGGGUAGUGACCGAAAACUUUUCUCCUCUAAAUUUGUCUCCUUUCACCUCAUUUCCUGCUCUCUAGCAAUGUUCUGUCGUCUGCUUUCGUCUCCUCUUUCUGCCCCACCCCCUCACCUCUUUUGCCACUUCCUCUGGGCUCCUGAUUCUUUCUGCAGCCUUUCUACUGAUACUCCUUCGCUUCGUCUUACUUCUGUCUUUCAGCCACACCCCUGAUCUUCUCGGACAAGGGCAAAAAAUCUCGGAGGGCCCGUGUGCAAGUUGCGCACGUUAAAGAUCCCUUGGUGGUCUAAAAUCGAUAAAAGUAGGCUUCGGCCGCCACCCGGGCAAAAUUCAAAAUUUCCUACCAAU